GUCAAAAAGUCUCAACUCAGCUGUCAAAUUGAUCGAGUAAAAGAAGAUGAAGUGGAGAAGUUUCUGUAUUUCUGAUAAUAAACUUGUAUAAACAUGGCAAACACAGGGUUAUUGCCAUUUGUUCGUGGCGUUGAUUUCACUAGUAACGAUUUCAGCGAUGAAAAAUUCCCAGAUGCUAUUAGAUAUAUGACUGGCCUGCAAUGGCUUAGAUUGGACAAAACUAAUUUGACAGACAUACCUGAAGAAUUAGGAAAGCUAAUGAAAUUGGAAAAUUUGUCAUUAAAAAAGAAUAGCUUGGAGAAAUUGUUUGGAGAAUUGACAGAGCUAAAAUGUUUGCGAUCAUUGAACGUGAGGCACAACAAAGUGAAAAGCUCUGGGAUUCCCGCAGAGUUGUUCCGCCUGGAAGAACUCACCACCCUAGAUCUAUCUCACAAUAGAUUAAAGGAAGUACCUGAAGGACUUGAAAAGGCUAAAUCAUUGUUGGUUUUGAACCUUAGUCACAAUAUGAUCGAAAGCAUACCACCGACUCUAUUCGUACAACUGACAGAUUUGUUGUUUCUGGAUUUAUCUAACAACCGCCUGGAGACUCUGCCACCUCAGACCAGAAGGCUGGCUAACCUGCAGACUCUAAUCCUUAAUGACAAUCCACUGGGCCUCUUCCAGCUUAGACAAUUGCCAUCUUUGCAAAGUUUGGAAACGUUACACAUGCGUAACACGCAGCGUACUGUAGCAAACCUGCCGACCUCUCUGGACACAUUGUCCAACCUUUCUGACGUGGACCUGUCCAAGAACGCUUUGACCAAAGUGCCCGACGCACUGUACUCGCUCCAAAGUCUCAAGAGGCUGAAUUUGAGUGACAACGAAAUCACUGAAGUGUCUUCAGCAAUGGACAUCUGGCAGAAGCUGGAAAGUCUAAACCUAUCGCGCAACAAGCUAACCUCGCUCCCGGCGUCUCUGUGCAAGCUGCAGAACCUUAGAAGACUGCACGUUGACGACAACAAACUGGACUUCGAGGGCAUUCCCUCUGGGAUCGGCAAGUUGGGAAACUUGGAGGUGUUCUCCGCGGCCAAUAACUAUUUGGAGAUGAUCCCUGAAGGGCUUUGCAGAUGCGGUUCCCUCAAGAAACUGAACUUAAGUUGGAACAAGUUAAUCACGUUGCCCGACGCGAUCCACCUACUGAGCGACUUGGAAAGUCUUCAGCUGCACGGCAACCCGGAGCUGGUGAUGCCUCCGAAGCCGGUGGAGCGUGCGCGCGGCGCCGGCCUGCAGUACUACAACAUCGACUUCUCGCUGCAGGCCCAGCUGCAGCUGGCGGGCGCGGCCACCGCCGAGCCCACCACUCCCAGCAAGACCACACUCCUGAGCGACUUGGAAAGUCUCCAGCUGCACGGCAACCCGGAGCUGGUGAUGCCGCCGAAGCCGGUGGAGCGUGCGCGCGGCGCCGGCCUGCAGUACUACAACAUCGACUUCUCGCUGCAGGCCCAGCUGCAGCUGGCGGGCGCGGCCACCGCCGAGCCCACCACUCCCAGCACUGCCAACCCGGAGCUGGUGAUGCCUCCGAAGCCGGUGGAGCGCACGCGCGGCGCCGGCCUGCAGUACUACAACAUCGACUUCUCGCUGCAGGCCCAGCUGCAGCUGGCGGGCGCGGCCACCGCCGAGCCCACUACUCCCAGCACCGACAGCCCGCGAGGCCGGCCGGAGCCCGAGCAGCGCGACUCGGCGCUGAUCCUGCGCGGCAUGCAGGAGCAGGCCAACACGCAGCACGGCGACGAGCGCCUGGACCAGAGGAACAGCGAGCUCAACCCGCGAGGCCGGCCGGAGCCCGAGCAGCGCGACUCGGCGCUGAUCCUGCGCGGCAUGCAGGAGCAGGCCAACACGCAGCACGGCGACGAGCGCCUGGACCAGAGGAACAGCGAGCUCAAGCCGAAGCGCUGGGACGAAACGCUGGAGAAACCUCCGCUGGACUACUCGGAGUUUUUCGACGAGGAUACCGGCCAGACGCCCGGACUUCAAGUCUGGGAGAUCGAGAACUUCAUCCCGGCACCCGUUGAUGAGGUGGCACAUGGAAAGUUUUUCGAGGGCGAUUGUUACAUCAUCCUGAAGACUGCGAUCGAAGAGCAAGGACAGUUAUCUUGGGACAUUCACUUCUGGAUCGGUUCUAAAGCCACCCUGGACAAAGGCGCGUGCGCAGCUAUGCACGCCGUGAACCUCCGUAACCUCCUGGGCGCCAAGCGCACGCAGCGCCACGAGCAGGGUGACGAGACGCCCGAGUUCCUGGCGCUGUUCCCCGCGCCGCCCGUCUAUAUCCAGGGCAGCCAUACGCCUUCUGGCUUCUUCACCGUUGAUGACCCGCACUACGUGACACGGCUAUACCGCGUGCACGCGGCGGGGCACAGCAUACACCUGGAGCCGGUGGCGGUGCGCUACGACUCGCUCGACCCGCGCCUCGUGUUCGUGCUGGACGCCGGCCUCACUAUCUACUUGUGGAACGGCAAGAAAGCCAAAAACACGUUGAAGUCGAAGGCUCGCCUGUUCGCCGAGAAGAUCAACAAAGAAGAGCGCAAGAACAAGGCGGAGCUGGUGGCCGAGCCGCCCGGGAAGGAACCCGCUGCUUUCUGGAAGCUGCUCGAGUACGACGGCGACACGCCCUACGUGCCCGAGGAGCACGUGCCGAACGACUUCGCGUGGGCGAGCCCGCGUCUAUACCGCGUGGAAUUAGGGAUGGGCUACUUAGAGCUGCCGCAGCCCGAAGCAUGUGCCUUAGCACGCGGCGUUCUAGCCACGCGCAACGUUUACAUACUGGACGCGCACGUCGACUUGUUCGUGUGGUUCGGCAAGAAGUCGUCGCGGCUGGUUCGCGCGGCGGCGGUGAAGCUUGCGCAGGAGUUGUUCAACAUGGUGACGCGUCCGCCGCACGCGCUCGUCACGCGAUUGCAGGAGGGGACGGAGACACAGGUUUUCAAAACAUAUUUCUUGGGAUGGGACGAAGUAAUUGCGGUGGACUUCACCCGCACCGCAGAAUCCGUAGCGAGGACCGGCGCCGACUUGGCCAGUUGGGCUAAACAACAGGAAACAAAGGCAGAUCUGUCAGCGCUGUUCACACCUCGCCAACCGUCCAUGCCGGCGGCGGAAUCCAAGACCCUCGCAGACGAGUGGAACGAGGACCUGGAAGCCAUGGAGGCGUUCGUACUCGAGGGCCGCCACUUCGUACGCCUGCCCGACCACGAGCUCGGCGUGUUCCACAGCUGCGACUGCUACGUGUUCCUGUGCCGCUACGUGCUGCCCGCCGAGGAAGACAGCCCGGACGCCGACGGCGACGACGAAGGAGCAUCAGCCGCGUGGGAAGACAGCCCGGACGCCGACGGCGACGACGAGGGCGCUUCAGCCGCGUGGGUGGUGUACUUCUGGCAAGGCCGGCGCGCGCCCAACAUGGGCUGGCUGACCUUCACGUUCGGACUCGAGCGCAAGUUCAAGCAGCUGUGCCGGCGGCUGGACGUGGUGCGAACGCACCAGCAGCAGGAGAGCCUGAAAUUCAUGGCGCACUUCCACCGCCGGUUCAUCAUUAAGGACGGCAAGAGGAACCAGAAGCCUGAAAAUGGUCGCCAGCCCGUGGAAUUGUACGAGCUUCGCAGCAACGGUUCGACGCUGUGCACGCGCCUCAUACAGGUCAAGGCGGACGCGAGCCAGCUCAACAGCGCCUUCUGUUAUAUCUUAAACGUGCCGCUGGAGGGCGCUCACGACACGUCUUCAGCGAUCGUGUACGCGUGGAUCGGCUCCCAGGCCGACGCCGACUCCGCGCGCCUCAUCGAGCAGAUCGCUGAAGACAAGUUCAACAACCCCUGGGUCAGCUUGCAGGUGCUAACAGAAGGCAGCGAGCCGGACAACUUCUUCUGGGUGGCGCUGGGCGGCCGCAAGCCGUACGACACGGACGCGUCCUACCUCGCCUACACGCGCUUGUUCCGCUGCUCCAACGAGAAGGGAUACUUCACCGUCUCCGAGAAGUGCACGGACUUUUGCCAGGAUGACUUAGCCGACGACGACAUUAUGAUAUUGGACAACGGCGAUCAGGUGUUUCUGUGGCUGGGAGCCAAAUGCUCCGAGGUGGAGAUAAAACUCGCAUACAAAUCUGCCCAGGUUUACAUCCAACACAUGAAGACGAUGCAGCCAGAGAAGCCACGCAAACUGUUCCUCACGCUCAAAAACAAAGAAUCGCGUCGGUUCACCAAGUGCUUCCACGGCUGGGGCGAGCACAAGAGGCCUCCAGAGUAAACAACUCUUAUCGACGACUUUACAGCCUUAAGCGGUACAGACCUAUCGAUAUCUUAUUACCAGCAGUGUUCAGAAAAAAUAUAAUGGAUGGUUCUCAUUCAUUGUCUAUACCCGUUAGCCAGAUAUUUUAAGUCCCCAAAAUUCGAAGGUCAGCAGUAAAGGUCUGUAAUGCAUUUUGAUACUGAUAUCUUAUUGAGUAUAGAUAUUCCCAAUUGAUAUUGGUUUGAAAUGACAUGUAACUGCUACCAGGUAAUUGUUUAAGGCCUGGUUCAGACGCGCGGUUUCUGGAUGGUUCUCAUAGGUGAGGCACGAGGCGGUAACAGUAGCGGUUACUUUUUGAUGCAAAUGAACGAGGUCUGCCCAGAAACCUCUUGAUUAUCGCGCGUGUCGGAACCAGGCCUAAAGUUUAUUACUAUGUUGACAUAGUUAUUAGUUAUGAUGCGUUUCAGCUCAAAUUAUUAUAGUAUACAGAUGUCUUAUUGUACAUCGCAACAAAGCAUUUUCAACAUUCGCAAUAAAAUGAGUUUUAUGAUAGGUAUGUACUAUCGGAAGCAAAGAAUCUGAAUGAAUUUACGAAAAUGAAUGACACACAUUUUCAUAAAAAUAUUUGUAUAGUAUUGUGUGAAAAAUUUUCCAUUGCCUAAAAAUCUGUGAUUAUAAAAUUUGCUUGUUUGAUUAUUUUAAAAUUAUUAGUUCAGAUUUAGACACAUUUGAAUUAAAAUAUUUAAUAUUAUGAAACGUAUGAAAGAGCUCAUUAUACUAGAAGUUGCAUCACAUACAAAUUUAGUUUUGCAAUAAUUAUUUUAGUAGCCAUUAAAUUAAAUAUAAAGAGGGAUUUACUGAGAAUAAUUUUACCUAAACUUCAGUAUUACGAUUUGAGUGUUACUUACAACCAAACAAUUUAAACCAUUCGUUUUUAUCAGGAUGCAUGUGUUCUCAUGGGCUUCCAAAAGACAUUGAGGGAAUAUUUUGUGAAAAUGAAAGACUGAGUCAUGCCAUUUUACCAAGUCAUUUUAUUCAACACUUUCACUUAUCUAAUGAUUAAGCACAAGUGUGGAGAUUACAUUGUUACUCAUUUAAUUUAUUGCUACAUAGAUGAGAGAAAUGUUUUGACUAGAAUUGCAGAGAUAAUUUUCACUCUGUGAGAAAUUACAACUUUGCAUUUGUUUAUAAUGCAUUUGUAAGUUUAUUUUAAGAAUAAAUUUGGUAAAGCUGUAUGUAAAUUGCUGUUGAUGUAUAAAUGAUUCACAUAUUGUAUUUAUGUAAAUCAUGUAAAUAUUUGAAUAUCAUAUUACAUAAUUUCAUCACUAACAUAAAUAAAGAUACAUGAAACUUUUAUAAUGCAUAUAAUUGUUGUGCAAGACAUGAUUUUUAAAUGUGGCGCUUAAGCACAAAUGUUUUCAUAGAUUUUUAACAGUUAUUUAAUAAAAAAUUAACAACAA